AUGGGUGAGAGGUUAAAGGAACAGAUGUUUUUCGCUGAACAGGAGUGCGACGGUUCGGUGACCGUAGGUACGAAUCACGAUCCGAUAAAAUUAUUACGACGGUCGGGGGCACUCGGACGGGCCACGGGCGGUGUGUUCGUCGUCUUUUUGUUCCAUGACGACGGCGCCGUGGUCGUCAUCGUCGGAGGGAGAGGGCGGCCACCCGAUGCGAAUAUUGCGACGGCAGCAGCUGCUGAUAACGAUUCCGAUUUCCGGUGA